AUGGAGCCGCCAUUCGUCCCCCGCGGGAAGCAGGCUGGGGAUGCCGCUGGCCUGGCGCCCUGGCCACAGCCUCCUCUUGGCCUGAGCGCCGAAGAGCCUGGACCCGGACCUCUGCCUAAGAAACCUGGAGCAGCAGAGCCCUGCGUUGACAGAUGGGCUCUCAGCUGCACCCUGCUCUCUACUCUGGGUGGUGCCUUUGCCUCGUUUACCUGCACAAUGGAGGCUACUAGAGUCCGUGGCACGUGGGACUGCCACCCUUCAGUCCAGGACGCCAGACGCCAGAGGCUCCAACGGGAGAGGAGGACCCUGCAGAGCAACCUGGUCGCCCCCAUGCCCCAGCAGCUUCUCUGGCCGAGGACGCCCCACCCUGGACAGGAGCAGCAGCCAAGCGGAGAGUCCUCUGAGCCAGGGUUCCUGUCCCACUGCAGCCAGCCUGCCACCCUCACUUGGUGGAGAGGAAGCCUGGAUUUCUCCGUCCUCCAGCAGUGGAACCGUUUGCCAGCCUUGUCCGCCCUCGGGGGCAGCUGCCCACCCAUCUCUGGCAGCUGGGGCCUUAGAUAGGGGCAGGAGGUCUUGAUGUU